AUGGCGUUUCUGAAGCUUACCCCGACUCUUCUCCUGGCUAUCCUCAGUGGGGCCUCUGCCAAGGACAUCUUUGUCUCCCCUACUGGCUCUGGUUCUGGUACCCUCGAUGCUCCCUAUGGCUCUAUCCAGUCUGCCGUGAACGCGGCCAAGGCUGGUGACACCAUUUACUUGCGAAAGGGUACCUAUGCUCCCACGACAAACAUCCAGUUCAAGACGAGCGGAAGCAAGGGCUCCCCCAUCACCGUUCGACCUUACCAGAGCGAGAAGGUUGUCAUUGACGGUGAGAACCUUCCUGGUACUCCCAAGAAGCUGGAUGAGGCCCUGCCCAACGGUGAGCGCGGCAUCUUUCACAUCCAGAACGCCAACUACUGGUCCUUCUACAACCUGGAGUUGAUCAACGGCCCCUACGGCAUCUAUGCCCGUGAUGCCUCCAACAACUACUACGAGGGUCUCUCCACCCACGACAACUACGAGACUGGGUUCCAGCUCGAGGGUGCUUCCGCCAACAACGUUGUCGUGAACCUCGACUCUUACCGCAACCGCGACCCCCGCAAGAACGGUGAGAGCGCCGACGGCUUCGCCUGCAAGGAUGGCACGGGUGAGGGCAACGUCCUCCGCAACGCCCGUCUCUGGGACAACGUCGAUGACGGUCUUGACCUGUUCAUGUUCGGCUCCCCCGUCACUCUGGAGGAGGUCUACGCCUGGGGCAACGGCUACAACCGCUGGGGCUUCAGCCCCUUUGAGGGUGAUGGCAACGGCUUCAAGCUCGGCAUCAAGAACAACCCUCCCGCCAACCACAUUGUCAAGAACUGCAUUGCCUUCGACAACCUCAAGAAGGGCUUCAUCGAUAACGGCAACCCCGGCACCCUGACUUUCGAGCGCAACACUGCCUGGAGCAACGGUGACGUUGGCUACAACAUGAAGAGCUCCUCUUCCAAGAUGAACAACAACAUUGCUGCCUCCAACGAUGUCGGCCAGGUCAGCUUGAUCAGCAGCGUCAAGGCGUCCGGCAACUCUUGGAACGACGGCACCACCUGGAACGACAAGUCCUUCAAGAGCACCGACUCUUCCACCCUCAAGGGUGCUCGUGGCAGCGACGGUCGCGUCAAGGCUAGCGAUUUCCUUAUCCCCACCAGCGGCAAGGCCAUUGGUGCUACUACCAAGGCCAAGGUUUAA